AUGAAAAAACUCGAAAAUUUGGAACGCGAAGAAGCGAAAAAUCGCGGUUUAAUGCAAACUUGUAAUUGUUGCUACGACGAGGAAGUUCUCCCACGUGACAUCCACACGUGUGAAAACAAUUGCAAAUUUUGUAAAUCUUGUAUUGUGAAAAGUGUCGAAGUGGCCUUUGGGGAAGGAAAACUGUCUUUUUCAUGUCUCGCCAGUUGCGAAUCCUCAUUUAGUCUUCAAACAUUACAAGCCGUUUUGAGUCCGAAAUUGUUCUCGAAAAUCGCCCAAAAGAAAGCCCUCGAGGAGAUCAAAGCUGCAGGAAUUGAGGAGUUGGAAAUGUGUCCAUUUUGCGAUUUCGCCACGAUUCCUGCUGAGGGCUACACCAUUUUCACGUGUUUGAAUCCUGAGUGCGUGAAGGAGUCCUGCAGGAUGUGCAAGAAGCCGUCGCAUGCCCCUUUAAGGUGCGAAGAAAUCGACGAGGAUGCUGACGUCAAGGCGCGAACUUCUGUUGAGAAUAAAAUGACUGAGGCUUUGUUGAGGAAAUGUUAUAAAUGUGGGGUCAAAUUUUUCAAAGAAGAGGGUUGUAAUAAAAUGACUUGUUCUUGUGGGGCUUCCAUGUGUUACUUAUGUGAAGAACCAGUAACAGGUUAUAAACACUUUAAUGAAGAUGGAGGCGAUCGUUUCGAUUUGUGUCCCUUGUACAGUGAUACUCAUGAUUUUAAUAAGGAAAAUUUGCUCAAGGGGGCUGCUGAAUUGCCUAAAACAUCUCAAUCAAUAAGGUUUUUGAAUCGAGGCAAACGUAGUUUUUUGCAGUGA